CGAAACUGCAGGUAGACUAUAAACGAAGCUCAGUGGGUAUCAGUCUUCACUUCAAGUGUUCUGACUUGAGAAGCGACUUUACUUUCAAAAGAGAACUAGUGAUUUCCCAAGAUGAAGCUACUGAUUGCACUCGCUCUGGUGUCAUUCGCCGUUGGAGCCUUUUCACAAUGUGCAUGUCCGAAUUCGAAGUGGGCUGUUUGUGAUGACGCUCCUUGCCAGUGUACUCUCCUUGUUGGCGCCAAUGAUAAAAGAGUUGUGGACUGCACCAAAUUGCUCCCCAAAUGUUUCCUGAUGAAGGCUCAGAUGCAUAGGGCCAGGACUGGUAAGGACACACGUACUAUUGGUGGCAAACCCGUCGAGACUGCCUUUGUGGACAACGAUGGUGUGUAUGACCCAGACUGCGAGGCUGACGGCAAGUUCAAGGCCAGACAGUGCAACAACACCGAGGUGUGUUGGUGUGUGAACAGCGCUGGCGUGCGCAGAACCGAGAAGGGCGACAAGAGCCUCUCCUGCGAGGAGCUGGUCGAGACCUACUGGUUGCGUAUGCAGAUGGUCCACAAGGAGCUGCCUAAGACAGUGACUAAGGCAGAUGUCAAGGCUGGGAUUGAAACUGCCAUGCUUGCCCGCUACAAGUUGGACAAGUCAUUUGUGAAGGACGUUGAUUAUGACCCAGAGGGCCGUAUGAUUAUUGUGGAUGUCAAGAAGGACAUGACGGACCGUACAAAUGACCUAACCCGUGUUGGCUGGUACAUGGAGAAAGAUGUCAAGGAGCUGCCGCAGUUCAAUGACCAGAACAAAUUUGAGCCCAUGGUAGCAGGACAGAAGUUGGAGAUGGAGAAAAUUGUGGUCUACUAUGUGGAUGAGAAGGCACCCGAAUUCACCAUGAAGAACCUGACUGGGGGCGUCAUAGCAGUCAUCGUGGUGGUCAUUGUGGCUGUGAUUGCAGGCCUUCUUGUCCUGUUCUUCAUGAGGAGGCGAGAGCAGCAGAGGUACAGCAAAGCCCAGGGCAGAGAGAUGGACAACAUGUAAAUGGAGGGCUUUGUGACUCCGCCAAGACUACGGCUCCGAGAAUGUGAGGGAGUGCAUUAUGUGGGGAUGUAGAUGUACUAUUUUCUUGUUACAUAAAUUGUCUGUCUUUUUUUUUUUAAAUCGGGGAUCUAUGCUCAGUGCCUGUUACAAUAGGUUGUGGCUAAGUACUCAAAAGCAUAUGAGUCAAUCUUGACUGCCCAUUCAGUUUUAAAUCUCAUUUGGACAUUUAGCAGCAUCUUUGUGUUUCUCUGUUGUAAAUAGUGGCUUGGAAGCAGUCAAAUCGGCAAUGUGCUGUUUCCUUAAAAUAAUAACACCACAAUCGGUCAAUCCAAAUGAUGCCUGAUGUCUGUUUUGAUCUAAAAUUCCUGUUAGUGGCAUUUGGAGCUCCAGUGCUUAGUACUACUGAAUGAUCCACAUGUUCAUCUCGAAUGAACUCCUGUUUCUCUCUGUGCCGGUUAGACCCGUUAAACCAGACAAGAGUUUACUGUCUGAAGAACCAGCACUCUGGGAGCCCACGCCUCAAAUGACUCUCCUUUUGUAGAUUUAAAAAUUCUUCACUUUUUAAUAUUAUGAUGUUUUUCAGGGGACACAUUUUAAAAUGAUGUGCUGUACAGUGUGUUUAUUUGUUUUUUUAAAUAAAUUGUAUUUGUCGACAA